AUGCUAUUAACUGCCCCAGAUAUUUUUUCUCUUACUAUUUAUUUUGCUGCUCUUUUUGGAACUGUUGCAAACUUGGUCCUCAUCUUCGCCUUUGUCAGCAACGCCAUCAGAAACAAGGUGUUGCAGCCUCUGGACAAAAUCAUCGUCAACAUGGCAGUGGUCAACCUUCUGCUGUGUUUCUACAAGGAGAUCCCUGGACUGCUCGUGUUCUUCAACGCCAAAGUGUUUGGAACUACAGGCUGCAGGAUCCUCCUCUAUUUCUAUCACACCCUCAGGCUGGUCAGCAUCUGGUCUGUGGAGAACCUGAGUUUCCUCCACCUCAUUAAGAUAAGGAGACCUGGACAUUGCUGGUCGAAGUUCAUCCACCGGCACCAAGCGCAGUAUGUCAGCUGGUCGCUUGCUGGCUGCUGGGCCUUCAGCAUCACUUUCCAUAUACCGUACCUGCUGUACAAAGACUCGGAGGCUCAUAAUAGGAGUAACAUGAUGAUGACAAGCACCAACUGCAUUGGACCAUCCCAAAGUGUAAUUGUGAGAGUCAUUACUUAUGCCACGGUGAGCGUGGACUUCUUGGUGAUAGUACUGGUGGUUCUCUUAAAUGGGUUUACAAUAGACCUGCUCAUUAGGCACCGGAGACAAGUCCGGGACACACUGACCAUCAAACGGGGCUGGAACAAGCACACAGCUCAGGCUACCAAGAUACUGCUGUCUCUCCUCCUUCUCUACGUUAUCUGUUGGAUCUCCAGUGAUGUGGUGUGGAUAGCUAUAGUCUCUGGGCUUAUGGGAGACGAUUACGACGGGGACAUGCUCUCGGCUCUUUAUGGCAUCCUGUCCUCUGUAUACUACUCGGUCAGCUCAUGCAUUAUGGUGUUCGGGUACAGACAAGUGAAGGAUUAUUUAGCUGAGGCUGCAAGUCGCUGCCACUUAAGACGAACACCAACAACUGUACAGAGGAUGCAACAAUUGCAAUAA